AUGAGCGGCGUAAUAGCCCCUGGAGCACCCAAUGAUGCAUCGAAUACGUCGCGGAAACUACAGCUGGACGACUUCGCGAAGGUGCGAACUUUAGGCACGGGUACAUUCGCUCGCGUAUGUCUUGUGCGAUUGGCGAGUCCAAAGAACGAGGCCGAGCGGACAAGAGUGUUUGCGCUCAAGAUCCUACGAAAAACAGAAGUGAUCAAACUCAAACAGAUCGACCAUGUCCGGCACGAGCGGGCGAUCCUCGGCGAGGUGAGCGGCCACCCGUUCAUAACGAACCUCCUAGCCUCCUUUUCCGACCGCGAGUCGCUCUACCUCCUCCUCGACUACGUGCCCGGCGGCGAGCUCUUCUCCUAUCUCCGAAAGUUUCGCCGCUUCGACGAGAAGAUGGCGCGUUUCUACGCCGCCGAGAUCGUCCUGGUGCUGGAAUACCUACACGAGCAGCAGGGCGGCGUCGCCUACCGUGACCUCAAGCCUGAGAACCUGCUCCUGGACGAGGAAGGGCAUAUAAAGCUCGUGGACUUUGGCUUCGCAAAACGGCUCGGCGGACGGGAUGGUGCAUCAGAAACCUAUACGUUAUGCGGCACGCCCGAAUAUCUAGCCCCAGAGGUCAUUCAUAAUAAGGGGCAUACUACAGCGGUGGACUGGUGGGCCCUGGGGAUUCUGAUAUACGAAUUCUUGACGGGCUACCCCCCAAUCGUCGAGAAGCCCGUCAUCUUCCCACAAGAGCCGCCAAUCUCGCCGGAGGCGCAGGAUCUCAUCCGGUCCUUCUGCAACGCGGACCGGUCCCGCAGGCUGGGCAACGUGAGCGGCGGCGCGAAGAGGGUGAAGGAGCACCCCUUCUUCCGGGGCGUCAAUUGGGACGACGUCUUCAACCGGCGCCACAGGGGGCCCAUUAUCCCGCCCAUCAGGUUCCCCGGCGACGCGCAGUGCUUUGACAUAUACCCGGAGGAGGACGCCACUCGCGACAAGUAUACCGAUGACCUCAGGGAGAAAUAUGACGGGUACUUCCAGGAUUUCUAA